AUGUCUAUCGGACACUCGAAGGAGGAAGAUAUGGCUAUCAGGAUAAACACGAUGCUCGUAACGUUUGUGGCGCACGCUCUCGCGGUUAUCGCGGCGAUUAUGGUCGUGGUUUUGAAUAUCAGUUACAGAGGAGGAUUGGCCUGGGAAGCUGAAGACAAAAAUUUCAAUCUGCACCCUGUUCUGAUGAUCAUAGGAUUUGUAAUCUUGGGAGGAGAAGCAAUUAUAAGUUACAAAGCCCUUCCCCUGGAGACACCAGUGAAGAAGUUGAUCCACCUCAUUCUCCAUGCCAUUGCUCUGGCUCUCGGCAUAUUGGGAAUCUGUGCAGUCUUCAUGAACCACAUGGAAUGUGGAAUCUUUCAUCUCUACAGCCUCCAUGCCUGGAUUGGUACUGGUGUCAUUUCUCUCUAUGCCGUCCAGUGGGUGUACAGCUUCAUAGUAUUCUUCUUCCCAGGCGGGUCACAAAAACUGAGAAGCGGGUUGCUUCCGUGGCACGCAAUGCUCGGUCUAUUUGUUUAUAUAGUUGCGGUUGGGAACGCAGCUUUAGGGUUUCUGAAAAAGCUGAAUUUCUUGGAGAGUGGAGGGCUUGAAAAGUAUGGAACAGAAGCAUUUCUUGUGAACUUCACGGCCAUUGUCACCAUUCUAUUUGGUGCCUUUGUGGUACUCAUUGUUUUUGCUAAGUCUCCUUCGCCGUCCUCCUCCAUUGAUGAUGAUAACAACAGCUAUUCUGCUAUAUGA